AUGAUUCUGAACCUCAGUGGACAACCGCUGGACUCCCUGUGGGAUGCGGCCAUUUCCGAGAGCAUGGACGGAGUUGGACUCACGUUCAGCGAUGUCAGGGAACUACAUGUGCAGAUGUGUGGACUCAAUUCACUCGAAGGGCUGGAGCAAUUCGUAAAUCUCCAGGUGCUGGAUGCGAGCAACAACAAUAUCGACGCGUUUAAGCCACUGUGGGAAAUGAAUAGCCUGCGCACUGUCAAACUCAGGAAGAAUCGGUUCACGUCCUUGUGCGCGAGGAAAGCAGGGGAAGCAACCGUUCUAGCAACGGCUGACGAAGUGGAUUACCCUGUAACUGUAGUGAAGAGCGCAGAGUACAGCCUCCUAGACCUGGAGGCUAACGAGAUCACCUGCGUACUGGCAGAACCUGACACAUCGGUAACUGUUGGAUGCUUGCUGAUGGCAAACAACCGCAUCUCCGAAGUUUCGGGAUUGUCAGCCUUCUCAGGAGUCACCAUGUUUGACCUGACUGGAAAUAUCAGCGUCGAUGCAGAGGACAUCCUGCGUAUCCCGUUCGGUAGCGGGCCGCGGAUCUUCUUACAAGAAUGCGAUAUCACUAACGCUCAUCGUCUUAUGGAUUUGGUAGAACAGGACGAAGAAGCGGAACUGGUUGUACCGGGUCAUAUCACUCUUGAUCACGUCCGGGUUGUUAAAGUCGGACCCAUCGACCUCGGCAAACUGCUGCAAAAGGAGUUUGUGGAAUACGAAUCCGAGUUCGCAGAUUUCAGAUUCGCCGGAGACCAAUUGCCCAGGGAACUCAAAACGCCUAGGGAUUACUCGGAUAUACGCCUGGACACUGCGCAUUUCGUGGUACGCACCCAGUGCCCUAGGAAGAACAUCGAAACAAUAACGACCAUGGUGGACCUCGGAGACGCCGACAAACACGAUUUCAGGGGCCGAUCCAACACAGAUGGGUCUUCUAUACUGGGAACCGAAAGCGGCACGAACUCGCCAAUGUCCAUCAACGCGUUGGACACGCCGACCAACCGGGAUGACGACACACACUCGCCUAAGUCAUUCAUUCGCAGCAAAGCAUUCAACGUCGACGGCAAAGAACACAUACCUAUGGUUGAGGGCAACCGCAAAGUGAUCGAGGCUGUCUGGGCAGAAAAAGUUGAUCGCGACCUCGCCUCUCACUUUGCUGCCAUGCCCGACACCAUUGUAAGGCCGACCGACUCGGCGGCGUAA